GAAAGGCAUGAUGGGAUGGAUCGGGUACACAUGGGCAGUGAUACCUCUGUAACUAAACCUCAGAUUUAUCACUAAAGUUAAGUUACCGUUGCACCAUACUCUUGAUUACAAAGCUAUUGCUACUAUAUUGAGAAAUUAAAUUACGUCGAUAUAAUGUCAGAAAACGGACUUUCGACCAGAAUCCAGCAGUUUUUAAAUCCCCUGGGGUGUCAAGAUCAUGGUACCCAGAGUCCGUUUCUCCGGCUGGGUCAACAUAUGCAGGACAUCCUGGGUGAUGGAGGGAUUCUCAAGGAAGUGGUUCAGGCCGGAGACGGGCCUCCGGUACCUAGAGAUUCCUCUGUAUCCAUCCAUUUCUCUGGAUAUCUAGAAUAUUCCGACCAACCGUUCGAGACUACGAACUACAUGAAGUAUCCCAGAAUGAUGAAACUUGGCAGAGAUAUUACUCUGUGUGGACUGGAACUUGGUCUUUUGACCAUGAAGAAGGGAGAGUACUCACGGUUCCUCCUUCUACCGGAGUAUGCCUACGGGGAGAUGGGCUGCCCUCCGCUCAUUCCUCCCAUGGCCUCCAUCCUCUACGAGGUUCAAGUCCUCGAGUUUCUCGACUCAGCACAAGUAGAUGAGUUUUUCGCUUUGAGCCCGGAUGAACAGAACUGCGUUCCGCUCUCUGACCUCCUCAGUGUGGUGGAUAUCGAGAGAAACUUUGGCAACCGCUGUUUCAAGCAGAGCCGCUUCGACGACGCCAAAGACCGCUACAAGCAGGCUGUAAUGCUGCUGUCGACCCGGGAGACAAAGAGCGAGGAGGAGAAGAGGGGCAUCGCCUCACUGCAGCUGCCCCUCUACCUCAACCUGUCCCUGGCCAUGCUGCGGCUGGACAGGCCCCUCAGGUCUCUGGACUACAGUCUGCAGGCCCUGCUCAUAGACCCACGCAACACCAAGGCUCUCUUCCGCUGCGGACAGGCCUACCUGGAGAUAGCUGAGUAUGAAAAGGCCCAGGAAUACCUCACGAUGGCCCAGGCCAGGAAACCGUUCGACCCCGACAUCAACAACCUGCUACGGAAACUAUCCAUAUCCUACAAGGAUUUUCUGGACAAAGAGAAAGAUAUGUGUUCCAAGAUGUUUCCAAACCUCAACAGCACCGUAAAGAAAUAACUACUUAGCUGAUGGUUUUCGUUCAAUAUUCUUAGGAGUUAUUUCAGGGCUGCCACAGGGUGGCGCUGUUUGAACAAAUGUACAGCCCUUUAAGUAUUGAGUUAUUCAGCUAUUGAACACACUUCACUUGAAGAAUUAUGUUCCUUUUGCACCAGAUAUGAAACAAUGUCUGUUCUGCCUUUUUGGUCAGACUUUUGUAUUUGUUAUAAAUGUGUUCAAGUAUAGUUAGCUGUACUUAUAUUAAGCUGUUUUUGUGUAUUAGAA